UCUUUCGCACUAGUGUUUUCGAGCAUGUAUUUUUCGAAAAAGUGAUGUUUCAGGAAGCGGCAUUCCGUUAGUAGAAUGUUUGUCGCCCAUAUGACUUUCGCAUAAAAGAAUUUCGCGCAAGUGAUAUUCGCGCUAUUGUCUAUAUCUUUACGCGCAAGUGGCCUUUGCAUAAAUUACUUUCGAACUAGUGGCUUUCACCCAUGUAACAUUCGCGCAAGUUCGCGCUAUUGUAUAUUCGCGCAAGUGUACCAAAACCGGCUGUGUUCAAGAAUUGUGUAAAAAAUAUUCGAAUCGGUGUUAAUGUUAUUGGUGCUCUGAACGGCAUACCUGUCCUGCUUGGCUUUUAACUCGUACACCAUAUACUAAUUUUUAUGCUGUUUUCAUUGUUCGACAUGGAAUUCCUCGAGGAAAGCGAGGAUCGCAGUUAAAAAAGCGACACAAUGCCGGAGUUAGUCGAGCAGAUGUACUGUUCACAGCAGAUCGUGAUACCUCCUAAAUUCCCAUACAUUUUGAAGAGGUAUUGCAAAGCUGCAAUAAAAACACAGCCGUACGACCUACUCCGCUGGUCGUAUGAGUACUUCAAAGCGCUUGCGCAGCGCCGAGAGCCGCCCGUCAAACUGAGGCUGGAGUACCCCGUAUACAGCACAGAGGGGGGGUUGACCAGGGGGUGUUUGAAAGUGCUGGCAAACCAGUUGUCAGGCAUGAUCGACGUGCCACUACCGACUCUGAAGAGCGCCUGGCAAGGUUUCUGUCUUGACCAGCAUGAGCUGAAGCGCAUCUUUUGUCUCUGCGAGGUGUACAUGAGGGAGGAUGUGGUACCGUUCUUGCAUUUCAUCGCUGUGGCUGCAGGGUUAUUGACGAAGAGUCUGACCCACACUAUGAUAUUGCUCUGCGAGACGUUGACCAGGGAGCCAGAUGGGGGCUCAGCGGCGAUACCCACCGAUAACUUCCUCAAGAUGUACAGAUUCUUGGCGAAAAUCGACGCUUCCAAGGACGUGAAGUAUAUCAACGGAUUUAGGGAGGGUUAUGAGCCACCACCAUUGGUUGAAGAAGAGGAAGAAGAACAGGAAAAUACCGAAUUAUCGGACGAGUCAGUUUCUGAUGACUUCUGGUUAGAUGCAUCAGACCUCCAGCGAUUGGACUUGAUUGAUGAUCACGUGCCGAGAAACACGAGGCUCAGUGUCAAGAUGAAUAUGCCUAUUAUAGGGGACAUUGAGAGGUCCCCGUCAGUCGAAAGGGCCUCGGAGAUCGAGAGGGCGAACUAUUUGAGGGACAGAAAAGGGAGAGCUGCUUCUAACCAUGAAAUUGAUGAGAAACUUCGGAACAUGAGUGCAGCAAAGAUGACUGAUCAUCCCGCAGAGAAAAAAGAAGAAGCCCCUUCAGAAGUAAAAAUAACUGAACGAGGCCAAAAGAAGAUGGAUAUAGUCGUUUACGAUGAGUCCAACCAACAGAUUCCGUUUGAAUUUUACGGCGAGCCCCAGGUGGUGGAAGCUUAUGGGGAAGAAGAGGCAAUUGAUGAGUUUGCUGAGGUACCAAAACCACCUGAAGGUCCGAGCCCAGCCGAGAUUAUAGCCGAAUAUGUAGCCAAAAGCUACCAAGAAAGAGAAGAGCGUUUAGAAGAUCUGAUAACGACUGUCAAUGAAAUUGCUGCAAUUGUGGACAGAUUCAAAUCUGCUAACUAUGACCUGGGUAUGGUUGCCGGUAGACAGAUGUCAACCACUAGUGGCGAGUUCAUCGUGCAACACAUUGAACAGGAGAUCAUGGACUACAUCAACGAACAGAUAGCCAUACUGCCUGACCCAGACUUGAAGAAGAAAAAGGCAAAACCGGAGGAAGUUCAAAUGAUCCGUGAGUUGCUGGAGACAUUCCUGGAUGAGAACAUGGACAUUAUAGUCCCGGAAAUUGAAGAGGUCGAAGAAGAAGAACAGCUGAUACCAGAUAUAACUCAAGUGUAUGCCGUCCCCGGUAUCGGACCAGUCGUGGAUAAUGAAAUUAUUGUGGACUUCAUGAGUUAUAUCUUGGAAGCUACUAAGGUCCAAACUGAGGUUGUCAUGCCAAGGAAUAUUAGGCACUUCAUGUGUCCACCUAUGGAGAAAUAUGAAGAGUACAAAUAUGAAGAAGGAAAACAGAAAGAAGAAGUAGCGACAGGAGGAAAAAUCACAGAUUAAUGUCUAUUUGAUGACUAUUUACAUGCAACACGAUGUUAUGAUGUCUAUUUAUAUAUGUUAAUGUAAUAAAAAUAGUAAAUAUAUACAAUUUCCGUAUUAUUGCUUAGUUUGCGCUAGCAGAAGAUUUCUAUCAAGUAUCAACUACAACUAUUUUGCUUUCAAUUAUUAACUUCAUUGCGUACAAAUGGGUUUUAUUUGCGUUUAUAAAAUAGUCUGGUAUGACAAGCUUUUUAUGGGAAAUAAACCACUUCAAAAUUAACUUACGUAGGAGAUAAAGUUGUUGUUAUAUGGAUGAUAUUUUGUUAGUAGGAGGUCUUCAAUGAAACAUCUUGAACUUUACAUUCUUUUUAUUUUAAUAUAUGGAAUAAUAAAUUAACCCCCCCGUUAUAUUUACCGACCUAUCACCGAGACACAUUGGUUGCCUGCGGACUAUCCCCGUCUCAUUUUAACUGGGACAUUUGAAACUCUUUCUUUCGAAAACUAAUAGACCACAUUUUUACCUAUAUUGUUAACAUUCAUGUCUUCAAUUUGCCCGCUUCGUUUGAUACAGACUGUGUUAUAAACAUCCAUUUAAUAGCAAAUUUAAUUUCUCUUAGACCAAGAGAAUAAUACCCUUCCUUUCUUAAUACAAACAAAUCUCAAGUUGCAAUUUUAAGAAGCUAAUAUGCUAUUUGGGUUGCCAUUUUCAGACUUCAACUUCAGCUUAGCUAAUAAAUUAUUUUUAUUCCUUCAUCACAUAUAUUUUGAAAUCUAACUUGAUUAAAAAUCUCCAACAAAUAAUAUUAAAAUAUUUUGUAGCGAAAUUAAAUGGAAUAACCAGUGUCUGCCUAUUGCUACGUGGGAAAAAAAUCCGAAAGACAUUAUUUUAAUCAGCAACAACAUGUCUAUUGAACACUACGACCUCUGUAGGUCAUCCAGAAGCCUACUGAUGGAAAAUUACCUGUUUUAGAUUUACACCUAGGUCUGGAAUAAAAUAAGAUAUAGCAUUGUUGAGUCACGAACUUAUUUUCACGCUUAUACAAUCUGUGUUAUUUGUCCAUAUAUAUUGGUUUAUUAUUUAUAGAUGUUCAAUGGUCAACACAAAAUACCUAGUAUUAGACAUAUCAUAAUCCAUAAAUCGCUAAUACUCAUAUAUAGCACAGUAUAUUGUUGUGCUAACAUUAUGAUUGUAGAGCCCAGCUAAAAG